GCUGACUCUCAGUCUCCACUCCCCUGCGGUAGCAGCGACUCGCUCCUCUCUCCCCAUCUCUCAUUUCGGUUCGAGCUUUCGAUUGCUCACUCCGUCCCUUGUCCGUCAUCUAUCUCGUUUCAGGUGGGGAACGCGUCAACGCAAGUGCGCACUAAAUCUCGUCUAUCUCGUCCGUCUCUCCUCCUUAAUUCUUUAAGUCUCACCGCGCCACUCGUUUCGGGUGCUCUCUCUGUCUCUCGUCGAUUUCAUCUCAGUCUUGCGCAGAAUCGAGUAACUGGAAUACGUGGCACACUAGACAGUUAAUUGCUGUUUGGGAUGAAUAUGGAUUGCAAUGCCAUUGGAGAUCCUACAGACAAGCUCAAGGGUGUCCGAAUCUCAUCCCUUGAUGAUGAUGAUGAUGAAGAGGUCCUUGUUGACAAUGAGCAUGAAGAUUAUGACUCUAACGAUGAGGAGGAGGAGGAAGACCCUAUUACUUUAGGUUUCAUUGAGAAACCUAAAAAUAAAUGGUCUCUUCAACGGCAAUAUUUUCCCAGCAAAGCUGGAGGUGCCCCGGCCUGGCUUGACCCAGUGAAUAUACCCCCAGGAAGGUCAUGUACGUGUGACAUAUGUGGAGAGCCUUUACAAUUUCUUCUUCAGGUUUAUGCGCCAACUGAAAAGGAAAGUACAUUUCACCGGAUGUUAUUUGUUUUCAUGUGUUCUUCAAUGAAAUGUCUUCUUCGGGAUCAGCAUGAGCAAUGGAAACGCCAUCCAGAUAAGCCAUCUAGAAGUGUGAAGGUUUUCCGUUGCCAGUUACCUCGUGAUAAUCCAUUUUACUCUAGUGAACAUCCGAAAAAUGAUGGGAGUGACAAACCCGUUGGCAUUGGAGCUGCUCUAUGCGAUUGGUGUGUUACAUGGAAAGGAGAUAAACUCUGCAGUGGUUGUAGACAAGUGCGGUAUUGCUCUGAGAAGCACCAGGUCAGCCAUUGGCGCUCUGGUCAUAAAAUUGCUUGCCCGCAGAUGAAAAUUUCUGCACAAACAGCUACAUCUGGACCAAACAAUUGCGGAACCAUUUCAGUGGAGUCUAAGAAAGAUGCUGGCAACACUCUGUGGCCCGAAUUUGAGAUCAUUAUUGAAGACGAAAGUGAUAACAAUAACCCUGACAUUUCUGAGAGCAAUGCUUUAACUAGUUCUUUGAUAUCAAAGAACAGAAUUGAUGACGCAAUGAAUUCCAUAUUGGAGAACUUUCAGGGUGAUGAUGACAAAAAGAGUUGGGUCUGCUUCCAGGAGCGUAUUAGUUCAGCCCCUGAACAAAUAUUGAGGUAUUAUCGAAAUACUAAUGCAAGACCCAUAUGGCCUGUUUCAAGCGGUCGACCGUCUAAAGCUGAUAUCCCUAAAUGCAAUUACUGUGGUGGUUCAAUGUGUUGUGAGUUUCAGAUUCUGCCACAGCUACUCUAUUACUUAGGUGUGGACAAUGAAGUGGACUCUAUAGAUUGGGCAUCAAUUGUGGUGUACACAUGUGAAGCAUCUUGUGACUCAGAUGUGGCUUACAAAGAAGAAUAUGCUUGGGUUCAACUUUACCAACCUUCCACUACCUGACCUCACUGUUGAAAUAUCUAUUUCUCCAUUUUUUUUAAUAGAGGAAGUAUGAGAUAGAAAUAUAGUAACGUAGCAUCAAAAGAAAAUUUUGUAUUAUAAUAGGAUAUUGAUUUUGUUAUUGAGAAUAUUCAAUUUUGGUUCAUAUUUAUUCCGAUAAUCACUGCUCAUGAUAACAUUGGUUUGAAGUUCUCUACAGCUUAUAUCUAUUUUGAAUCCCAUUUGGUUUA